AUGCCAUCCCACGAAGAGAUAUUUUCUCAGGAAUCAAGCUACUAUGGCGACGAAGAUACAAGAAACGAACUAGAAAAAGCAUGCGCAUCCUUCGACCCAGAGCCAUUCUGGGCACAGAUUCAUCAAACAAUGCCAUCAACAAAACAACAUAGGGCAUGCACAUCAGCCCAACCCACCGGAACAUCCUCAUCAGAUGUCAGCAUGAAAGACGCAUCACCAUCAUCAUCGCCACCACCAGCGACCUUACCCAAAGACCGCCGCGGCAAAACAGAGCCAGUGGAAUCCUUCCUGACCCGUCUCCAGCCAUCAAAACUGAGUAUGCACGACACAAACUGGAUUUGGACGUGGAAACCAACAGGAUCACGCAAGAAUGGCGGCAAUGUAGCAUCUUUCGUCAAGAAAGGACACGAGCUUCUGAAUGACUAUGAGGAAGAAAGUACGCGACUCCGACAAGUCCAUAAUGCAUCAGGUGCACAGAGUACAUCUGGCCUUACUCGCAAAUUAAAUCCUCUCCGCCAGGGACUGGAGAAGGCGAUUCUCGGUCUGGCGCAGGAGACGGAUGUCACGAUGGGGAAGUGGAUGCUCUUCCCGUCUGUUGGACAUGUCGACGAAGUCUGGAGUGUGGUGGCUAGAGCCACGGAAAAGGGGCAGCUUGGUGAUGCGGCUAAAGUUGCUACGGAUGAUGGGACUGGGUCUGGACGGGCUCGUCUGAUUUGUGUUUAUACUGCUAACUUUGCUGCGGAGGAGGAUGUCAAGCGUGUGCUGUCCAGUCUGGUUGAUAUGGAUCUUGUGGGUAGUCAGAAUCGGGUGAUUUAUUACAAGAUUGAUGCUUAUUCUCAUCUGAAUGUCAAUUCGAAGAAUGAGUAUGGGUUGAAGGCGAGUAUGUAUUCCAGUCGGGAUGUUCUUGCUUGGAACCGUUGA